AUGUCUACGAUACGGGGCUACGCAAAACUACACAAGGGCGAUAUGUUUGAGUAUUAUUAUGGAUUCCUAUGUGUUCGGCAUCUUAUCCGGAUGACUUCGUCAGUUUUUGCCGAUGCUGGCGGAUUAACAACCGAGGAUAUCGAGUUCUUGAUCGACCUUCUUUGGGGAAGCCGCAAAUCUGUCCUUCCUCUUUGCUUUAAAGGGCUCCUCCCCGGAUUCCCAGUACUUCUAUUCUUGCUCUAUAAUAUGACAGAUUACACCGAUCUUCUUGAUCCCACUUUGGCUGGAAGUCCAAGACUUGGUCCAGCGCUGCUAUCUCGCGGACUCGAGUACUACGAGAGAAAUAUCUUAAGACAGGUUAGCCGGUGGAUCCACGACAAGGUUCUGGCCCGUUUUAGGACCGUAGCAUUAGACUAUGUUCCUGUCGACGAUGACGACGCACGCGGUCGUCAAAGCUUAUUCGGAUCUGUUAUCCCGCCAAUCCUCUAUCUCUCGCACCUGUUAUGCUUCUGGUGUCGAUGA